AGCCCUCCCUCCCUUCCCUCCUCUCCCAUCAGCCCCCCCCCACACCUCCUCGCUGCUGCAGGAUUCUGAGGCGGUGAACCUCCCUCCGUCCUCCGGCUCUGCAGCAGCCGUCAGCGGAGCGACGAGCCUCGCAGUCCCGGGAGAGGAGAGCAUCCUGCGGCCGCAGCUCGCACCGUCAGCGGCCGGAGAGGAGCCGCGGGAGUGUCAGUCCUCGUCCACCGGCUGGUGGGAGAGAGAGAGGGAGAGAGAGAGAGACGCGCCAUGACAACGUUCAGAGACAGAGAGAGAGAGAGAGAGAGAGGUUUUCACUGGAGUCUUUGACUUCCUGUCUCUUCCUGUGGUUUGGUGUCGGUGCAGUAACAGCGGAGCCAUGUCCGCCGGCCUGGACGAUGCAGACAACGUGUUCGACCUGAACGAGGUCCCAGAGACCGAGCUGCUGGACAACACCAUCCAGAAAGGCCGCGCCCAGCUGUCCGUCAAAGCCCGGAGGCACCGCCCCUCUAGGUCCCGUUACCGGGACAGCGUGAGCUCGACGGAGGGAGACGACGGCCUCGUCACGUCACAGGACAGUCCUUUACACUCCACGCGCUCACCUCUCCACCUGGCCAUGCGAGGCUCCUCCCCCUCUCCUGAUUCACUGCUUUCUGCUCGAAGCCCCGCCUUCUCCUUCGAAACGUCGCUGGUGCGUCGCUCUCCAGAGGACGCAGGCGUGUCAUUGGCUGCUCCCCCACGGGGGCGGUACCACCAGCUGACCAAUACCACGUCUCAGGAGGCACUGGUGACACCCAGCAGCCCCACAUGCAAAUCCUGCCCCUCCUCCUCCGACGGCUCGCCGGUCUACAUGAGGAGGAACAAGAGGCCCGACAGCGAAGUGUUGGUAUCUGAUAGGAGUCGGGACACCAGUCCAGCUGAUCCCGGCAGUCCGACUGUCGUCUUUGACAAGAAAACAAAGAGACGCUUCCUGGACCUGGGGGUGACUCUGAGACGUUCAUACAUCCGGGUGAGGAAAGAUAAAUCCAACAGAUUGUCUGUGGGCAGCAGGGAGAUGUCCGAGAGUCCGCCUCGCUCUUCUGGAUCCUUCGUCCCGUUCUCCUGGUUCACUGAAGGACGAGGGUCAGUGUCCUCGUCUGGGACGCCCCCCUGCUCCCCCAAGGCCCCCGGUCCCCGCAAGUCUCAGUCUCAGGAGUCGACCCUCAGUGAGGAGUUCUCUCCUCCUCACACCUUCUCCUCUUCUUCACCUGCUGUCGACUCCUCGUCCUCCAGAUCCUCUCACCCGUACCACACCCUGUCCCAGUCAUCUGAUGAGCCCGGUGACGACCCGUCCUGUGUCGUGACCUCAUGGACGACGCAGCAGGUUUGUCAUUGGCUCACUGGACUCAACAUGGAGCAAUAUGUCCCAGAAUUCAGUGCGAGAGACGUCGACGGACAUCAGCUGUUACAGAUGGACGGCAACAAGCUGAAGGAUCUGGGCAUGCUCAGCUCGUCCGAUCGCAACGUCCUGAGGCGUCGCAUCAAAGAGCUGCAGAGCGCAGCAGAGAAGGAGAAGAAAGCUCUGGACAAACUGGAGAAACAGAAAGAGAAACAACGGAGGAGAGAACAGGAGCAGCGCAGGACCUGAAGACCACCACCAGGGGGGGAGACAACAACUUAGGGUUACGACCUGAUGUCCUGAAGUCAUCUGAAUCCUAUGGUGGCCCCUGAGGACCAAACUUCUCCACUCCUAAUGUUUCUACGAUGACAUCACAAACAUAAAUCUAUUAAUUAUCAUCAGUGGAUAAAAUCCUGAUAAUGAACCAAAGUCCUCAGUUUGGUCUUUGGUCCUUCGGAGCCACCGUCAUGUUUAGAGCUAAGACGUCCAGAGUGUCCCACAAUGCACUGCGGUGUCAAGGUGAAACAAUGUGCGCUGAGGAAAGUAUGGAAGCAAAGAAAGGUCACAAUACAUUUAUUUCAUAUUUAAUCUGUAAACAAAUAAAACAUUUUAAUGUUUUACUUUAUCUGUUUAUGUGGUUGGAAAUUCCAGGAUGUGCUAUUUAAUUAAAAAAAAAAAAUCGACCAGACUGUCACGUGACCCUGGUCACAGACAGUCACGUGAGUAGGAUUCAGUUUUUAUCUGAAUUUCAGAACCUGAAGAAAAAAAAAAAUUUUCGCCAAAAAUGUAAAUUUUUCAAGGUUGUGAGUUCUUUGUUCCAUAAGAACCACCUGAACGCAUCGUCAGGUCUAUCUCUGAUGUGACAUCAUCAAAAACUUGAAAUAAAAAGAUUUCUCUGA